CCCAGUUGGCCCAGCCUCACAACCAUCUCUCUCUCUCUCUCACACACCAUCUCUCUCUGUCUCUCUCACACACACAUCAUUUGCCAUUUCCUCACUUGUGGAGGAAAUACAGCCUGAAAAACUGAGCAACAGUCUACACAAGAUUUUGCUGCGAAGGAGAUGGCGAUGAAGCUGAAUGCCAUAAACUUCCAAUCACCAAAAUGCCCCUCUUUCGCUCUUCCUCCCGCCGCCAGCUGCAGAUCUCCUAAAUUCUUCAUGGCUUCCACUCUUCGUUCCGGUUCAAGGGAAGCUGAGACUGCGAAGAAGCCUUUUAGCGCACCUCGUGAGGUUCACGUUCAAGUCACGCACUCGAUGCCCCCUCAAAAGAUCGAGAUCUUCAAAUCUAUAGAAGGCUGGGCCGAGGACAAUCUACUGGUUCACCUUAAACCAGUUGAGAAGUGUUGGCAGCCUCAGGAUUUCUUGCCAGAUCCCGCCUCGGAUGGAUUCCAUGACCAGGUCAGGGAAUUGAGAGAGAGAGCUAAGGAGAUUCCCGACGAUUAUUUUGUUGUUCUGGUUGGAGAUAUGAUCACCGAGGAAGCCCUCCCGACGUACCAGACAAUGCUCAACACCUUGGAUGGCGUGAGGGAUGAAACGGGGGCGAGCUUAACUCCUUGGGCAGUCUGGACGAGGGCGUGGACUGCUGAGGAGAAUAGGCACGGAGAUCUUCUUAAUAAGUAUCUUUAUCUCUGCGGGAGAGUAGAUAUGAAGCAAAUCGAGAAGACUAUCCAAUAUCUCAUCGGGUCGGGAAUGGACCCGAGGACAGAAAACAACCCGUACCUCGGAUUCAUCUACACGUCCUUCCAAGAAAGGGCUACGUUCGUGUCCCACGGAAACACAGCCCGACAUGCCCGGGAGCAUGGGGACAUCAAGCUGGCUCAGAUAUGCGGCACCAUCGCCUCGGAUGAGAAGCGCCACGAAACUGCGUACACCAAGAUAGUGGAGAAGCUGUUCGAGAUCGACCCCAAUGGGACUGUCCUAGCUUUUGCCGACAUGAUGAAGAAGAAAAUCUCCAUGCCCGCCCACUUGAUGUACGACGGCCGUGAUGACAGCCUCUUCGACCACUUCUCGGCCGUCGCCCAACGCCUCGGCGUCUACACAGCAAGAGACUACGCCGACAUUCUAGAACACUUGGUUGCACGAUGGAAAGUUGAAAAUAUAACGGGGCUAUCCGCGGAUGGGCAGAAGGCUCAAGAAUACGUCUGUGGAUUGCCUCCGAGAAUCAGACGUCUGGAGGAGAGAGCUCAAGGGAGGGCCAAGCAGGCGCUGAAGAUCCCGUUCAGCUGGAUAUACGACAGAGAAGUGCAACUCUGAACGCGACUUGCUUGGAACGAGCUUCUCGCACACGCUCUUUAGCUGGCUGCGAUUGUAACUAUCGUUAAGGAAAGCAACGCUGCGCUUGCAGUUUGUCUUCGUAGUUUUCGUAUUGUUGAGAGAAUUGUGUUUUAGGAGAUGAAGCAGGGUGUAGAUACCAGUUUGUUGCUAUUUGUUGUGUUGCUAAAUCUUCACAAGUAUGUUUUUGGUGUAGCUUUUUCAAGACUGUAAACUGCAGGUUGUUUUGUGAGGCAAUUUUGAUUUGCAAAAUAAGUAGUUUUCUGCUCCAA